AUGGACGACGCCUCACCGGCAACAGUGCCCGAAAAAGAGGAUGUAGAUGCGUCCGAUGGUCGGGGCAAUAAACUCGACUCAAUUAACCACGACGACGACAAAAAUGGCCUUCGUCCGGGUAGUAGUUUCUUAUUCCCCAUUCUCGUCGAAGACGACAGCAUUCCACACAACAAGAACAAGAUUGUCUUUAUAACGGGUGCUGGGAUCUCUACAAGUGCUGGAGUGGACGACUUCCAGAGUCGCUCUAGGACCAAAAUGUCCAGUCGUAAUAUGUUAGACAUCUCUGCUAUCUGGUCCGAGGAAUUUCUUAGUUGGAGUCGUGCUCUCUACAAUAUAUGCUCGAAAGCACAGCCCACUCCCUUCCACCACUUUCUGGAUGAGCUUGCCAGUACUUCCCGUCUUCUUCGCCACUACACCCAAAAUAUCGACUGUCUAGAUACCUCCCUACAUAAGUUAUCUAGUCGGACCAUCUCGCUGCACGGACGGUUGGAUACGUUCAUCUACACAAUAUGUCACAAAACGAAGCACGUACCAUUCGCGGUUUACGAUGACACUUUUGGGUUUCCUUGCGAAGAGUGUCGUCUUAAGAGCGAAAGGCGCAAAUCGGGAGGCAAGAGGGGCCUGCCUGUUGGCGUUUUGCGGCCCAAGAUCCUACUCUAUGGAGAGGUAAGCCCAGAUGCUGAGGAAAUCGCGGCGACAUGGGAACAAGAUGCUUUAGACAAUGUGGAUGCAGUUGUGUUGGUCGGAACCCGGCUCAAGAUACCACAUACAAGAAAACUUGCGUAUAGUCUGUGUCGGAGCUCCAAGUCACGAGGAGGAACGGUAAUAUGGAUGAAUAGGGUCCCCCUAGAGUCGGAACCCACUACGGAGCAGCCUCCGGAAGUAUUCGGAAUUGAUCAUGUAACGAGGGGCACCCAAGUUGAGCAGUCACGGCCGCCCUAUCCGCCUCCCACGUAG